UCAGUUCUAUGCAUGUAUGGAUGUGAUGUGCCGGCAUUUCUACACAUUGUUUUCUCUUCUGUAGACGCACUUCUUUGUUUCAGCACAAAACCCCUCUAUUACUGCUGAGUUAGCUGCUUUAGUAAUCAGUUUUAUUCUUUGUAACAGGAACGUAUAAAAACACAGCAUGAGAAAAGGCAGACCACAAUUCUCGACUGGAGUUCUGGCUCUCUCUCUGUCCUAAGUCAAAAUGACUCAACAUUGCACGAAAUUUUCUGGUCACUGGAAGAUAAUUGUUUGGGAUGAAGAGUGCUUCCAGGGCCGAAGACAUGAGUUUACUGCAGAGUGUCGGAACAUUAUGGAAUUUGGAUUUGAAACUGUCCGUUCUUUCAAAAUAGAAAGUGGAGCAUGGGUUGGGUAUGAGCAUGCUGGCUUUCAAGGCCAGCAGUUUGUUCUAGAAAGGGGAGAUUAUCCUCGUUGGGAAGCUUGGAGUGGCAGCAAUGCGUACCAUGUCGAAAGAAUGACUUCAUUCCGACCAAUUACAUGUGCUAACCAUCGCGACUGCAGAAUGUCCAUUUAUGAAAAAGAAAACUUUCUGGGGAGGAAAGGAGAAGUAACUGAUGACUACCCAUCCCUACAGGCCAUGGGCUGGUGUAAUAAUGAAGUUGGGUCUUUCCGAGUGCACUCUGGAGCAUGGGUGUCGUACCAGUUUCCAGGUUACCGUGGCUACCAGUAUGUCUUAGAGUGUGACCGUCACUCUGGAGAGUAUAAGCACUGGAGAGAGUGGGGAUCACAUGCACAGACCUUCCAGAUCCAGUCAAUCAGAAGAAUCCAGCAAUAAGCCCUACAGCUAGGGACCAGUCAAUGUCAAACUUUUAAUUCCUUUUCCUGCAGAACCAUGGAAAAUAAAGUUUAUUUGUUGAA